AUGACCAAAAAUGAUUCCACGCCCACGCCGACGCUGUGGGUGGGCACCAACUUCGGUUCGGUGAUCGUCAUCUCGCUGACGAUGCCCGACAACUACGACAAUCGCGUGCUCUGCCUGCAAACGGUCCUUGCUACGCCCACUCCCUGCAUCUUCCGCCUGAAGGGACCGAUUCUGAACAUCGGCUUCAUGGACUCCACCGGAGCGCUGCUCUCCCUGAAGGCCGACCAGUGGAAGGACUCACCGGCCGACAUCCCCGGCGGCUCGGCCACCGCCAAGCGCACCGGCUCGCUGACCAUUGCCCGCAGCGGCAGCGGCGGCGCCGGCUCCAAGCCGGCCAAGAUUUCGCCCAGCAGCUCCAGCAGCUCUGACUUUCGCGACUCGCACCUGGUGGUGAUCACCUCGGAGAAGCAGGUCCGGCUGAUUGCCAUGCCGCUGCAGCUGUGCGCCCAGAAAGCGAACAUCACCGAGACGUCGCAGGCGGUCCGCGCGGACAUUGUCCAGAUGAAGACGCAGGACGCCGUCUGCCUGGCCGUCUACGUCGCCACUGGCAACAUCAUCGUCUACAGUCUGCCCAGUCUGCGGCAGCUCGUCGACGUCGACUUUCUGCCGCUCACCGAUGUUCGCAUCGCCCGCACGCUGACCUUCAGCACCAACGGCCACGGCAUGUACCUGAGCUCGCCGAGCGAGCUGACCAAGUUCACCAUCAGCGCCAACUUUGCGGAGAACCUGCCCGACAUGGUGGGCGCCCUCUACACGGCGCCCAAGGAGCUGCCCGAGCCGCCCAGGCAGUCCUUCCUCAAGGGCUUCUUCGGAGGGGCGCCGACGCCCCUUGACCGCGAGGAACUGUUCGGGGAGAGCAACUCCGGCAAGGCGCUCAAGGCGACGGCUCGCCUCAUUCCCGGCAGCUCGGAGCACGCCAAGGGCUUCACCGAACGUGGCGAGCGCCUGGGCAAGCUGGAGGACAGCACAGCGAAGAUGCAGUCCGAAGCGGAGGCCUUCGGCAGCGUCGCCCAUGCGGUCAUGCUCAAGUACCGCGACAAAAAGUG